CCAACACCUCAGUCUUGUCCUCUCUCUGUUCGCCUCCUCUGUGUUUUCUUCCCUUAUAAAAAGAAAAACUCUCGGUUUUUCGUCUCAACAUUCCAUUGUACAUCAUCACAAAGAUGUAUAGAAGGGAGAGAUCGCUACGAGAAGACACAAUCCCACAAAGGAGGAGAACCCCAUCUUUCUCUUCCACUCUCCUCGACGCUAUCUACCGUUCCAUCGACGAAUCCAACGCCGACGAGGCUCAUUUCAAAGAAACAACCACCAUGUUCAAGAAACAGAGCAGCUCUAGAGCUAAGCGUGGCGCUCGGGUGGUACAAGAGGAAAAGGAGGCGAUGAAUCUUCGCCGAGCGGUCUUGAUCGAAGAUUGGAUGGAGAAGCAGAGCAUUCGCAGCUCUGUGCUCUUCAACUCAACCUCAACCUCCUCAGAGUCUAGCUCUGGCGCAGCCUUCUCAUCCUCCGAAACAGAGUCAAGCUACAAACACAAAUCAAAGCCCAAAUUGCAGAGCACCAAGAAGCAAUUGAAGCCGGAGUAUAGGAAUUCAGAGAAGCAGUCCAAGCCGAAGAUUGAGGGUGGUUUUUCAAAGACCAAACUACGGGCAUUGAAAAUCUACGGUGAGUUGAAGAAAGUGAAGCAGCCCAUUUCACCUGGCGGUCGCAUUGCUAGCUUUCUCAAUUCCAUUUUCAAUUCGGAUAAUGUCAAGAAAGCCAAAAUGUGUUAUGUUGGAGCUGUGGAAGAUGUGAACUUGGAGCCUAAAUCCAAGGCUGCGUGUUCUUCGGGUGCUUCAUUUUCGAGGUCUUGCCUGAGCAAAACCCCUGCUUCAAGAGCCAAAAUGAGCAAUGGCAUCAAAAGGUCCGUCAGAUUCUCUCCUCUUGACGACAUCGUCGGUGAAGAUUCUCAGCCCUGCGGCCACAAAUGUAUCUAUGAAGAAGAUCCCUGCCUAAUGCCAGUUCCAUCUCUUCGAAAAAUUGCAAAAACUUGUUCUGUAAAGAAGAGUUUUAAUUUGAGAGGUUAUCGUGUCAAUGGGGAUGCUGAUGAUGAGGAUGAUGAUGAUGAUGAUGAUGAUGCUCAGAGCUAUUCCAGUUCGGAUUUGUUUGAGCUUGAUCACCUUGUUGGGAUUGGAAGGUAUAGAGAGGAGCUUCCAGUGUAUGAAACUACUAAUUUUCAAACAAAUCAAGCAAUCGCCAAUGGGUUUAUUUUGUAGUUC